AUGAAGAAGGAUUUAGUAAGGAAAUUGGAAUUGUGGGGAUUGGGGGUUACGGUGAGACCCUUGUGGCCCCAAUCAGUUUUCGACCAAAGUCCUGUGGGGAUUGUGGGAAUUUGGAUCAACUUACAAGCGAUACAGAAAGGAGAAAUAGAUUUUAAGAAGAUUCUCAAGGCUAUGCUGAAGCAGUGUGAUGGUGGGCAAAGAGAUAGUGUGGAGGUGGAGGAGCUAUUGGAGGCCCUCUGCAAAGCAUUGUGGAGUAAGAGUUAUUUAUUAGUGUUUGAUGGAAUUUGGGAUAUCAACCUGGACUGGUACUUCAGGUUAAAGGAGAGACUCCAGUGGUGUAACAAAUCAAAUCAGAGUAGAAGGCGCAGGCGCAGAAUCAUCAUCAUUACAACCAGACUCGAUGGUGUGGCAAAGAGGAUGGUUGGGCCCAAUAACUUAUAUCGUAUACAGCCCUUUUCCGAUGAGGAUAUUUGGCUCAACAUUGAGACUUUUACAGAUACAUUUGGGUUUCCGCUUGAUCAUCCCAUUGUGUUGAAAACGAAGGAUGAAAUAAUAUACCACUGUCAUGGUCUCCCGUUAACUGCAACAACGCUCCACACUAUCAUGGUGAACCGAAUCUAUAGAGGGGAGUAA